UCUUUAUUCCAUGGGUACAACAUCGUUUCGGAGCUUCCACUUCAUUAUAUGGGUCCUCUUCGUUGCAUUCUCAAUUUUUCACCCCAUCGUCUCCGCCAAUCAACUCUCUAUAGUUAUUGGUCAAUCUACUUCACUGCUAGUAUCUCCCAGCUUGGCUGUGGAGAACUCUCCUGGUUUAAAGCCGGGCACUAAAGUUGUUUGUGAAAGAGUAGAUAUUCGUGGAUUGUCGAGGCUUCAUGAUUUGAAGAAGUUUGCUCACUCAGUGAAGGUGAAAGUUUUGCAAAAUAGUUCAAGCUUACGGCGGCCCAAUGUGGAGGUUUGCUUUCAUAGAAAUGCAUCCCUUGGGGUUGGAAUGUGCCCUCAUGGGCGUUGGGAGAAAGUCUCUAAGGGUUCAUGGUUUAAAUCCAUGUCACCUUUUGAUCAUAAAAUCUUAGAUAUACGGAUGGCCGGUUCAUCUUUAGAAACAGUUGAGGUGGCUAUUGAAGAAGAAUUCUUUCUAUAUCGAAUUAUUUUUUUGAUUUCGGGCAUCAUUCUAUUGAGCAUUGCUUCAACUCUGAGCAAGUCAUUGGUAUUUUACUAUGGGAGCGCUAUGGCUGUUGGCGUCAUCCUUGUUAUAUUGGUUGUCCUUUUCCAGGGAAUGAAGCUUCUCCCAACUGGCCGAAAGAACUCACUUGCUAUAUUUAUGUAUUCAUCUCUUGUUGGCUUGGGAUCUUUUUUUCUGCGGUACUUGCCAGGGUUGUUGCGAUCAUUACUUGCAGAGAUCGGAAUCAACGAAGACAUGUACAAUCCUUUGGCAAUCUUUCUUCUGGCAUUUGUUGUUCUAGCUGGAGCAUGGUUGGGCUUCUGGGUUGUCCACAAAUUUGUCCUUGCCGAAGAUGGAUCAAUUGAUACAAGCACAGCUAAUUUUGUUGCUUGGUCCAUCCGCAUUUUGGCUGUUAUCAUGAUUCUUCAGAGCUCUCUGGAUCCCCUAUUGGCCGCUGAAGCGUUAAUAUCUGGAAUGGUAGUUUCAUCAGUUUUAAGGAAAGUCACAAGAUUGAGAUUCUUGCGUCGUGUGUUCAAGAAGUUAUUCAAAUUAGUCAAAAACUGCCGUGGGCUUGCUGAGGUUAUUGAUUUAUCUCCGUUACGAGAUUCUUAUGAAGAAUUUACAUAUAAGAGGCCGCAAGACUUUAAGUUUGUCUUGCGUCGGUCCAAAGACUUCUCUUUGGCUCCAUGUGAUUCUCCUAAGCAAGCAGUUACUCCAGGAAUAACCAGGACAUCUCCUAGACAGCUGUCAGAUUCAGAGAUUUACCCUUCUGCCUUCCAUACCACUCCUGAAAGAAGAAAAUUCUCAAAAGAAGAUUGGGAAAAAUUCACCAAAGAUUCAACAGAUAAAGCUGUUAAAGAACUUGUUUCAUCGCCUGACUUCAAUAAAUGGGUUGCUGCGAAUGCAGAUAGAAUCACUGUAACUCCUAGAAAAGUUUCCUCUCAUUCUUCUGGUCAGCGUCGUAAGUGGUUCCUUUUAUUUUAAGCAUCUAGGGUUUCUGUUAUAACGUAAAAAGUCUCUAUGAUAUUUAUAAGGUAACCCAUCACGAGCUGCUAAAUGUUGGUUGGCAUAGCGUGGAAGUUUAGAGCAUGACAGGUGUGUUUUUUUCCCAGCAUCAUGGUUGUAUGCAGUAUUUCACCAGUUUGGCAUAUGAAAAGAACAAAGCUGCAUUGACUCAAGCUGAGGGACGUGAGGAAGUUGUGCUUAAUGCAUGCAUUUAGGAGACUAACCUUUGCGAUAAUUUGUAUAGAAUUUUUUUUAGUAGUAUCAGCACGGUUGGUAGUAGGAGAAGAAAUUUGAGGCGUAGAAAUUGCCAAUGCACUACUAGUCACACUGUAAAUGAUGAUGUUGUUGAUUAGUUUCAAAGCAAAGAUAGUGUAGACAACUGACAAAGCAUAGAUGCAGAUAAAGUGAGCUUGAACUUUUUAUUUUCUGGGAAACUAGUUUUAAUAUUACUUUUUUUGGGUUAAAAAAUUGCACAAUCCAUAGAAGUGCAAGUCCAUUAGCCUUUUCUUUCUUAUA